CGCGGUCCGGGCCUUCGGCGCGUUGCUAUAGCAACCGUGUGAAGCCGCGGCCUAGCCGGGAGCCCAAAGCCUGGGCCCGGGCCUUGCUCCGGGGCCGCCGCCGCCGCCGGUCUGGGGGCUGCGGGGGGCGGCGUAGUAAACCAUGGAGUCACAGCUAAAAGCACAGGAGCAUUUUAAAAGCCAGUUUAAGGCUCUUCAGGAACAACAGCAAAGAAAGCUGCAGAAUCUAAUGGAGAGGAAAAAGGACAAGCAGAGCAGUCAGAAGGUUAACAAUGGCAAUGCAAAGGAGACUUUCGCCAUCCCGAAUGAUCUAAAGCUGUUUGAAACAGACCAACCUGUGACUGAAGAUGACAGCAAAAGGUUGCUUGAAGUUGAGAACGAGCAACUUCAGGAUCAGCUUCGAGAGGUCCGGGAUGAGAACUGCAGGCUGUACAAACUGGUGAAAGAGAAAGAGUUUGAAAUAAAGCAACUCCAGAAAAAAAUGCAGGAGGACAGAUUGGCUUUGUCAGGGACGUCUGGUUUAGCGGGGGACGUUGCCGCUGCUAAAAUCGUUGAACUGGCCAAAAAGAAUCGUGAGAUAACUGCCGAGACUGAGAGCGAAAAAGCCAAAGUGAAGCAACUAAAUAACAAAGUCAAAGAGCUGGAGAGAGAACUACAGACAGCUGUGGAAAAAAUACAUUCCCUUGGUGGUGAUGAUGCGGGAAUCAAGCAGUCAACUCUGAAGAAGAUAGAAGGAAACUCGGCCGAGAGUCCAGAGGUGAAAGCAUUGCAAGAAAAAUUAACCACGGCCAACUUUAAAGUGAUGGAGUAUCGUAACCAGCUCCAGUCUGCAAAGCACGAACUGAAGAUGACGCAAAAGCUUUUAGCAAAUGAAGUUGGUGAAGAUGUGAAUAUUCAGAGUCUCUUGACCAAUUCUGGCAGCUGGCGUGGACGAGCCCAGCAAAUUCUUGUUCUCCAAAGCAAGGUUCGAGAGCUGGAGAAUCAGCUGGGUCAAACCAAGAGCAGAACAUCACUGAGUGAAAUCGAUGAGGAGCUGCUGGCACUGACUGAUCCGAGGAAGUUGUCAGCUCAAGAGAAGAACUUGCUGAAGAUUCGCAGCUUGGAAAAAGAAAAGAAAGAAGCCUUGGAGAAACUCACUGGGGAACACGGUGCUCUCCAAAAAAAUCACGAGGAAGUGAAAAAAAAACUCGACGCAUCAAAAGCCAGGAACAAAGUGCUGUGCAGCGAAGUGAAAACCCUGAAGGGACAGCUUGUAACCCUGCUGGAGAAAGGAAAACACGACGAUGAGCUCAUAGAUGCCUUACUGAGCCAGCAGAAGCAAAUGCAGGAGAUCUUAAAGCACCUGAGCCAGCAGGAUGAGAAGAACAAGGAGUCCCAGCAGAUGCUAGGGCAGCACUUGAACAACGAGGCUCAGAAGCAAAACUGCCUCAUAGAGCAGCUCAGACGGCUGGUGGCUGAACGAGAGGCAAAAGUGAAAGAGCUGGAAGAGGAGAUUGGGCAACUCACACUUCAGAAGAAAUCUGCCCAUCAAGGAGACGAUCCAGGAGCUGCUGUCGUACCACCCUCCGAGCAAUCAGAAGAUCCACGUUUUACUCUGCUUAAGCCUCUGACAUCAGGCGGCGAUCAGGCUGGAAGGACUGAAUCUGCUCGCACAGUGUCCAAGAUGGGCCAUAUGCUCAUAGAGUCGGCAGCUACUCAACCUCCCCUUCUCAGCAAUAACAUCCCACCUGGAAGGCUUGCUGGCACUGACGGCCUGGAUUUCAAAGUGCUGCAGACGCAGAUCACAGAGCACAAGGCUCUCUGCCAGGCUGCUGAAGUGGAAAGAGACAGACUCCUGGAACUGGUCACGGUGCUGCAGAAAAGGGUGGAGGAAAGCAGCGAUAAAGUCUUGGAAGUUGAGAAGAGGCUGCAGGAAGAGCGGCGGCGAUGUGUCCUUUUGGAGCAGCAGCUUGAAAAACUACAAGUGGAUCCUGGGAGGAACACAAGUACACAGAAACCUCCUCUGAGGAGCAAAACAGGCCAAUCUAGUCACUCAAGACUCACCUUGAACAUGAGUGAUAGGAAAGAGCUCUCCGCAGCCCAGCUCUCCAGGCUGCCUCUGGAAUCGCAGAUAGAGGAGCUGAGCACGAGGCUUGUGAUCCAGCUGGAUGAGAACGAAGCGCUGAAGGCUGCUUUGGAGACUACUGUGAGAAAGAAAGAGGAAGACUUUAAACUGUACCAGGACACAAUGGACCAAGUGAAGGAUAUCUUUCUACAGGCCAUUCGGCAGCAGAAACAAGAGAAGAGCUAAGCAAGAUAUUCAGAGUCCUUUGGACUGCAAAGCAGGGAGAGAGCGAGCCCAGGCAGCGUGCCCACGGAUUGAAAUGCAGUGGAAGUGUAGUUUUGCAGCCUCAGAUCAUGUCGCGUCGUUAGCAUUUGCAGGAGAGGAUGAGAAAUGGAAAUUAAAUACAAAAAGACUGAAGAUUUUGCAUGUCAGCGGAUUCGGAGUUAGCAAGCACCUGGCUUUCAGGCUGCACGUGUCAUAGUUGGGUGCAGUUUAGGAAGCUGCACUUCUGCGGUGUGAUUUUAGGCAAAACCUCCCUAGCUUCCAAUGAGUUUUCCUAGAGAGGGCUCAAUAUUCAUUAUGCUGCUGCUUUUAUCAGCACACGAAGGAAUUUGCCGUACACAAGUUACGCCAGCCCCCUCCCAAAGCUGUGCCAAGAACAAACGGAGUUCUUUGUGCAUCUGCACAUUGACACCUGCCCAUCUGGGGUUUUCUGUAGUGCUUAAGUGCUGAGGGAGCAGGUUAGCCUGGCAUAUGGGUAUUGGCAGGAGCAUUUUGUGUGGUCUCUGUUGACAAUCCCAGCUUGUUUCUUUGCUUGAACAUACUGGCAGAGUUUUCUGAAGCUCAGUAGAGUUUCCGCUGGAAAGGAAAACUGGGCAGAUUGCUCCCACAAUCAGUAGGACUUACCUUAAAUCCAGCUCCCUGUACCAGCUCACGUGAAGCUUGCCAUCCAGAUUAUCAAUUCCCAAAUUUCUGGGUCUCUGCAGGCUUGCAUCAGGCAGAUCUUGCUCUCAUUAGGAAGAAAUGUUAGUGGAACACUGACAGGUUUUUACUACAGUAGAGGAGGGACUUUUGGAGGUGCUGAAAACUCUCGCAUCUUGCCCUUUUCUCUUGCAGCGUGGUGAGAACACCAAACGCAAGCUAAUAAGGCAUUAACGUGCAGGCUGCCAGCAGAGAGCCAGCCUUGGGGACUGCAAGCCAAUGGAGAGCGAGUCAUUUCUGAAUAGUGCCGCUUUGUUUUUCAGAUGAAAGUCUUUUGAAAGCU